AUGAGUGAGGAUAAGCGGAUGAAGGUGUAUCUGAAAGGCUUGAAAAAGAAAAAAAUCAAAGGGAUUGAGCUUAUAAAAAGAGACGAAAAAAUCGAACUUUGAGAGGAAAGGCCAAAUUGUGGAUUAUUCAUUUUGCAUUAUUCGGAAGGCUCUGAGGAUGAUUAUCAUGUGCUUAGAUCUCAUCUUUUACAGUAUGGGCCGCUGUCUUCUUUAAUUAUCCUUUCUGGGAUUAAUUACGGCUAUGCGUGUUAUGAGUCUUUAGAAUCUGCAGCCAUAGCAUACGAAACCAUCAACAAUUCUUACCCAAUUUUACCAUUUUCCCCAAAACCGCAUCCUUUCACAGUCUUAUACACCCCAAUCCAGCACAAUUUGCAGCUUGGGAAGGACUCUAUAUGCUAUGAAAAUGUCCCAGUCCCAGGCUUAAUCAUAGAAAAAGACUUUAUUUCUGCUGAAUAUGAGCAGCUUUUAGUAGAAGAGCUCGACAAAUUGCCUUGGAAUCCUCUUGCUAAUAGAAGAGUCCAGCAUUUUGGGUUCGAUUUUAUAUAUGGAGCUAACUCCAUCAACCCAGAAACCCCGUCUUCUGGCUUCCCAGCCUGAAUAAAUCCUCUUUUAACUGAUUUGCAGCUGAAAUUUGGAAUUUCCUAUGACCAGCUUACAGUAAAUGACUAUCAGCCAGGCGACAGUAUUCCUCCACAUAUAGACAGUCAUUCUCCAUUUGAAGAAAUUUUAGCCUGUAUCAGUAUACUUGGGCCUAUAAGUAUGUGCUUUCGGAAUACAGAUGGGAGGGAAUUUAAUCAGUUUAUACCGCCAAGAUCAAUGCUUGCAAUGACUGAUGAGGCAAGAUAUGUGUGGAAACACUCAAUACAACAGAGAAGGCAUGAUAUUGUGAAUGGGAAUUUGGUACAUAGGAAAAGGAGGAUUUCACUUACUUUUAGGAAGAUUAGAAUAGGGCCUUGUAGAUGCAAGUACCCAGAGUUUUGUGAUAGAGAUAGGUAUGAAGAAGGGAGCAAUUAA